AUGAAAUUAUCAUCAGUCUUAGCAGCUUCUGCAUUAUUCUUAUCAGGUAUCACUGCUUCACCAAUUGCUGCUCCAAGUGCUACUGAAAUCUCAGUUGCUUUUAAUGAAACCAACUUUCAAUCAGAUAACUCAACUGAAGUUUCCAUAGAAGGAUCUAAAUUUUGUUUCCAUGCUAAUCAAAAGAUUUUUUGUCACGGAGGAAAUGAGAGCAAAUGUAGAAAAUACUAUAGUUCCAUGCCAGCUGUUGGUCCUAAUAAAGCUCCUAGCUAUUGUGGUUUCUGGUGUACCAAAAUGAAAAAGACUGAGGAUUGUGGAUUCAAUAAGAUAAAAUUUAAUUACGAACCAGAUUGGUCUUGUAAAGAUGCAAAAUUCAAUUGUUGA